CGUACAGGGGCGCCGCGCUUUCUUUUCCUGCCGGCGGGAAGGGGGAUACGCCGGGGCGACUCCGCCGAAGGGGGAAAGAUUAGAAAGCGCUGCACGUGGGUGGCUCGCCGGGCACGGCCAGGGGCGGCACCGAAGCCUGACGGGGGAGACCGGGAGGGAGUGGGCGGCUUAAGCCGCGGUCGCCCUCCUUCGUGCGGUGUCUCUCUCCUCCAGCUGCUGCUGCUGCUGCUGGGUGGCGCCUUUAAAUGCCUUCCGCGGGAGCGACUGCCAGUACAGCCUCAUCUGUGAUGUAAGAAGAGACUUUAGGUGUCUGCGCCGAUCGCCUGACUUUUCCUGCUCGCUUCUGCUGGGGCUCCUUCUCGCCCCGCCGUCCUUGGACGCUUUGCUCUUGGGGGCAUCGGGGUUGCUUCGUCUGCAGCCGCCGCCCGGGGUGGAUGUGCUGCUGAAGCCCUCCGGUAGCUAGCUAGCUAGCCAGCCCGCCCUUCUUCGCGCCCGCUUCUCUGCUGCCCGGCUCGGGCGCGCCCGGAACUCCUCGCUCUCCCGGGCACAGCGCGCAACUCCUCUCUGCUCGCUCGGGCGGCCGCGGUGCGCAGGCAUGGAGGAAGGAGAGGAGUGCCGGGUGCUCUCCAUUCAGAGCCACGUCGUGCGCGGCUACGUGGGCAACCGGGCGGCUGCUUUUCCCCUCCAGGUUUUGGGCUUUGAAAUAGACACAGUGAACUCUGUCCAGUUUUCAAAUCAUACAGGUUAUGAUUACUGGAAGGGACAGGUGUUAAAUUCAGAUGAACUUCAUGAACUGUAUGAAGGACUGAAACUGAAUAAUGUGAACCACUAUGAUUAUGUACUUACGGGUUACACAAGGGACAAAUCAUUCCUUGCAAUGGUAGUUGAUAUUGUUCAAGAGUUAAAGCAGCAGAACUCCAAGUUGGUAUAUGUGUGUGAUCCUGUGAUGGGGGACAAAUGGAGUGGGGAAGGCCAUAUGUAUGUUCCAGAAGAUCUCCUUCCAGUUUAUAAGAACAAAGUUGUCCCUGUAGCAGAUAUAAUAACGCCAAAUCAAUUUGAAGCUGAAUUACUUACUGGCAGAAAGAUACACUCUGAAAAAGAAGCUAUAGAGGUAAUGGAUAUGCUUCACAAUAUGGGACCAGAAACAGUUGUAAUAACCAGCUCAGACCUACAGGCACCUUCAGGAGAUGACUACCUGAUAGCAUUAGGAAGCCAUCGGAAAACUACAGCGGAUGGAACGAAAGUGACACAGAGAAUCCGAAUGGAGUCUCCUAAAGUAGAUGCUGUCUUUGUUGGAACAGGGGAUCUGUUUGCUGCUAUGCUCUUGGCCUGGACCCACAAACAUCCAGACAACCUUAAGGUGGCAUGCGAAAAGACAGUGUCAGCCAUGCAGCAUGUUUUGCAGAGAACCAUCAGGAGUGCCAAGGCCCAAGCUGGAGAAGGAAACAAACCUAAUUCAGCCCAGCUGGAACUGAGAAUGGUCCAAAGCAAAAAGGACAUAGAAAACCCAGAGAUAAUAAUAACAGCUACUGAGUUAUAAAAGUUGUAUUUCUCCUGACAACGCACAAUGUAUUGAUGUCCUCAUUUUCUUUCCUGUAAAUUGUAAUGUUUGCCUUAGAUCUGUGACAGAAACCUGACUUCCAUGAAAUAGUGCCCAGCAUAAAUGAGAUCCACUACCAAGCACAUGUGCUGGCCUUGCUUGACUUAAGAAGAAAAAAGUUAGGUGUGUAUUUCAGCUCCCUCCCAGGUAUGAAAAUGGCUGUCAGAUUAAUUUCAGUCUUGUUGCAAAUCCUGGGCUUGGGAGCACAAGGUUUCCUGCCUUGCCAAAGACUUUCAGAAUGCAUUUGUUAGUGUAAUGAUUGUCUGGAGUACAUAUAAACUGUGGUUAAAGCAUCUUGUGCCAAUUGAGUAGGUUACCUUUUCCCUUAAAUGGAGAGGCUUGGUAGCCUGCUGCAAUAUUCAGUACCUCAACCACUCUGGAAUGAAAAGCAGAGGGCAAUACAAAGUUUAGGGUAGGGGUCUGAUGUUAGCCUUUAGGUACCCUGUGCAUGCCACUGAGAACUGCUCCCAUUUCUGGUCUGUGAAUAAAUGCAAGACUCCACCAUCCAGAGGUGCUAAUCCUUUAAUAUCAAUCAACCAAAUUUAUCUCAUGUCAUUUUUCCACCCCUUCUCCCCAUAAAGAAAUGCAGUUGAGAUAAAAGGAUGGUUCUACCUCUGGCAAAAGAUGCUUGACUGAGUUUUAUCAGAAAGCAGGUUUGUUGAAUAAGCAUUUAUUGUGAAAUCUGAAUAGACCAGUUCAUUGCCUUAAUGGCUAGAAGAGGAGUAAGAAGUCUGUGUUACCUUUUGAGACCAGUUCACUGUUUGCGAUGGCUGGUUAGUGUGCUGUUGUUUUAUGGAAUGAAUGAAAAAAAAAAUCCAUAGGGCCAGGCAGAAUCAUAACUUACACAAAGUACAAACCUUUUCAUACACUGCUGUUGCACACUCUCCAUACUUUUUAAUUAUCCUUGUGCAGGAAUCUCAUGCAAGCCUGGUGGAAAUGAACAAGUAUUUGCAUUCAUAUUAUAUCCCUUGAUAUGAACAUAUUAAUGUUACACCCUAUUUUCAUAAAUUUUACAUAUAAAUUUUAUAUAUUAAAAUCUUACUUUCUUAAAUAAAUGCUAGUUCGUGCACUCGAAUGAAACUUAGACAUCUGUCGAAUACACUGGAAAUCAGCACAAACUCCUGGAUGAUGUUAUAUGCAAUAAUGUAUUUAAAGUUAUUAAGUAACUUUAGUAUUUCUUAUUGAUAAUAUUCAUCCCAGAACUAUGCAGAUUUGGUUAAUUUAGAAAUGUACCCCUAUUAUCCUUGUAACCUUCCCCUUCUGAUUGUGUAUCUUUUUUUUAUAUUAUUUAAAUUUUAUUUUUCCCAUAGGUCCUAUGGAAAAGCUUUCUUUUCUUGAGCUAAAACAGGGUAACAAAACAAUCCAUGAUCCAUAGCACUUUGUAAAAUAAAUGUGCUAGUGGUGCUUCCUCAUUCAUUAUAAACAACCAGGGUACUUUUAAUUAGAAUAUCUCUUUCUUAACCCCUCUCUGAAAAAGUGCUCCCGUUAAGAAUUGUGACUUUGGAACUCACUCUUCCCUGUUGAGGACUCCAGCUUUCAAUCAUUUAAAACACCCCAUUUCUAUUCCACAGGGUUAUGUUUGCAACCUUGAUGGCAAACUUUUCCUAGUGUGAUUUUCUGUUUCAAAUGUGUUUAUCACUCUUGCUCCCUAUCAGUGAUCGGGCAACGUAGAAAGUUUUGCCCUCGCAAAAGGUAUCUCCCAAUAGCUUUGGAUAGCAACAUGGAAAUACGUUUACUGCCCAACUCCUUUGUCCUGCAUACAUCUAAUAGACUUGUCUGUCCCUUUUGCCUUGUCUCCAGGGUAAAUUAAAGUGCAAUCUAAAAUAGUGUAUAGGUUACAUUGGUAAAUUAUCCCCUCCAAGUUCCAGCCACAGCCUCCCAAUCAAGAUUCAUAGCCUCGGAAGUGUCUGAACUUGCCUCAGAUAUAUUCUGAAUCAUUGCAUCCCUUGAGUGCCUUCCUGAAAUCUUUCUCGGAGCCAUCUCGGCCCAUUUUUGAAGCUGUAGCUAUCUUAGUAUAAGCUUUGAAAAUGGUACAUUUUAUUCACCCACUAAAUUGGGCAUGGUAUUGUACAGAUGUAAGAUGAGAGGGAGAGUGACUGGCUUAUCCCACCUUAGCCCUCCUUUUUUUCAUUUUCAGAGUUUGCAGUUAGACUGAGAACUUAGUUCCAGAUAUUUUCCUCUGCCAUUUUUAGGCAAUCAGAUUAUUAACAAAUCUUAUAAGAACACAUUCUGUUUAAAUAGAAAAUGAGAAACAUUUGAAAGUCUUUUUUCCAUUUAGGGAAUUGGAUCAUGCUGCUGUACUCUUCAGUAUAAAAUGUGACUUCCCAUUUACAAAUGGAAGAUUAUAAUUAAUGAUUGAAUUUUGCUUCUAUUACCUGUGGUCAACCUGCUGUGAAAUAAUCUUUUAGUAAUUAGAAACUCCACUAGUAUGAUAGUCUCCCAAUUGCAUGAGAUUCCUGCCCUUUUCAUGCUGACAUAUACAAACUUUCUUAUUGCCCAUGGCAGAAGGAAUUUUAACCCAGUAAUUAUUUUUUAUUUUCAUACAACCAUGUAAACAGGCCUAUAUUAAUAAACUACAUUCAACCCAAUGUUUACACUGGAGGAAUGUAGUUGUUAGUAAAUUAUUUGAGCAGAUAGACAUGACAUUUAGAGCACAAAUAUUUGCUGUUGACCCAAUGUGAUCAUUUAAUGGCAGCUCUGUACACAAAAAGGGUUAAAUUUUCAUUAUACGUACUUGCAACAUUCUAUAUUAGUAUCUCUGGCAGUUCAAGGAAACAUAGGCAUGAUCAGUCCUGGAAUUCUUUGCAACUGCUUCUGUAGUAUUAGAGUAUUCAGGCAGUUCCUAUCUUAUACAAGAAAACUCUCUUCAAAACCACUGUUGUGAUAUGCAUACACAUAGUUUCUCAGGAUGUGGUUAAACAAGCUUAUAUAAAAUAGUUUCUUUCUCUGUCCCAUUUCAGUAAAAUAUAGUAUGUUCAAUAAAACUGAAUACAUGGGGUUUAUUUUCCAUAAAUAUGUGCAAAUAUUAGUUUCAUACUGAUUCUCAGUGUGGUGUCAUGGAUAGAGUGACUCUGGAGAACGGGUUUGGAUCCCUGCUCAGCCAUGGAAAUUCACUGGGGAAGUGGAACUGGUAAAACCACUCCUUAAAUGUCUCACUUACCUUAAAAGCCCUGCUAGGGUCGCUAUAAAGUCAAAUCCAGUUUGCCAACAUAGAAAACACGCACACACACACACAUAGUUUCAAUAGAGAUCAUUUUUCUAAAAAAAAAAAAAUUGAAAUACCCUUUUAAUUAACAAGGAAUUGAGGGAUAGAAAAUCUUCUUAAAUGCUUUCCCCCACAGAAAGUCAGUGUGGCUAUAACUUUAACAAGUAGUCUAGCUAAUCUGGAGAACAGCAGAAGUUGUCCCCGUGGCUUGGUUGUGAGCCACCCAUCUGCGUAAAAACCUAGCCUAAAUGUGCUAUAUCAGUUCUCUUAAAUCCAAACAAGGGCUGUAAUUCCUUUUUUUUGUUGUUGUUGUUGUUAUUUGGCAUGGAACACUUUAAAGGAUGUUCUUACUUUCUCUAUAGUUUAGCAUAUUUGUUUAAAGGAGUGAGCAUUUCAGAGGGGUCCUGUCCCAUUCUCAGAUCUGUCCAUGGGCAACUUUAUCCUUCAAAAAGAGCUACAGAGUGUGAGCACAUCAGGAGUGGUAGUCUUGCUGCAUAAGCAUUCCCUGUUAGCAUAGUUCCUGCAGUUCUAAGCUCCUGUCCUCUGCACCAGUAUAUAAAUAAAUAUCUCUGUAUGGGAUUGGAAGAGAAGAGGAAAAACUGGGAGUUAGAGCAGACCUCUCUGACCAUGUGGAGGGGAGGGAGUCAAAGAGCACCAAGAUGAAUUAGACAGUGGGUGGAUGUAAAGCUCAUUCUCUUCACUAUCAGCCUCAUUAGCUGCUUUUCAAAAGGAUGUGGAAUAUGUCCUUCUACCAAUCCCAUUGUAUAGGCUAGAGCAGAGAACCAGGCUGAAAAUAAACCCAAAUUACUUUGUCUCAGUGGUAGCAGAAGCAUAAACAUCUUGCAGAACUCACUAGGUUAAGCAAAUACUGCAAUUUUUACAGUUGUCUUAUCAUAAUGGAAAGCCAGCGUUGUCAUUUAUUGUAGCUCAUUUGUGUUUAAUUCCACUUUUUGUAAAGAUCUUUUCAGUGUACCAGUGCAGCUGUUUUUAUUAUUGUGCUUUCAAUUCUUGUGGAAUAUAAGGAGUUAACUAUGUGUUAUAUGCAAACAGGUAGCAGAGCUCUGAUGUCAUACAUUUAAAAAAGAGUUUUAAGUGGGAAUGAUUUUGAGCUUAUAAGUGGAGGGCAGGAGAAAAAGUUAAGCACUCUCUCCAGUACUUCACUCAAAAUCACCCCUUUCCAAAGCUAUUUGUCUUCUUUAAAUUGUGCAACAUUGAAGAUCUGUACAGUAUUUGCACAUAACUAUUAGUUAGCCUCUCAGCAGGACCAAAACUCAUGUAAACUGAAGCAGCUUCUGAACUUAAAUUCAGCUUUUAUGUACCUAUAAUUCUUUCUGAUAUCCUUGCACAUUAUGACCUUUAGAAAAAUAAAUAGGAAUUGUCAAUUGUGAAAUCUCACUCACUCUUGCUUUUAACAUGCUUUUAAAAUAAACACAGACUGACUAAAUUUUGGAUGUUUUAUUUAACAAAUUGCAUUCAAAAUGCAAGAAAUCUGUAAUCAGUGCAAUACUUUAAAAAGAUUUUAGAGGACCAAGAUUUCUAGCUAAUGAUACUGCCUUGUUUAAAGUAAUCUUCUACGUAUCUUGAUUGGAUGGUGUUGACUCAUUGUCUGUCUGGUACUGUUGCAGUGAUUGUACAAGUCUCUUGAUUUACAGUAUGUGGCAAGAAAGAUUGUAAUAAAAUCUCUAUGUUUAAUAACACUCUGCGUAACUAUUGUUAGGUUUUAUUUUGUUGAGCUAUUUCAGAAUUAAACAAAACAAGCAAAUUUAAA